AUAACCUAGACACAUACGCGUAAUUUCUUCCCAAUUUCCCAUACACUUAUUUAUCAUCAAAAUGAAACGUCUUUGCAGCGUAGUGCUCCUCCUUAUAGCUUUUCGUUGUGUAUUAACGGUCCACUGGUGUUAUGUUUGCGACGGUAGUUCAUGCCAUGAUUCACCGUUGAGUAACAUUCGUCAAGACUGUCGAAAAGUACAUAACAACAAACAUCAACGUUACUUGUGUGAAUCUAGACACAACAAAGAUCAAAAUACUACUGUGAAAAGAUGUAUUGUAAAUAAUCCCACUACUAUUACGGAAUGCGACGAAUUGAAUCUUCACAGAGAAACAUCCUGCUUUUAUUGCGACCGAGAAUUGUGUAACACUGGUGCAAAGACGAUUGAAGGUUAUUUGACAGAACUGAAGAGUUUCCGUGAAAGAACUGAAAAUUAGUAGUACGAAGGUUUUAGACUCGUUUAUACAGCGUCAAAUAAAAGAUUAUUUCUUAAAUUAA